GUUCAAGAUGGCUACCAGUGAAUUGAAUCAGUUUUUGGAAACUGUUGAUGAGAAUGUCCUGGAGUGUACUAUUUGCAUGAAAAGACUUAAAAAUCCUAAGUCCCUCAAAUGCCUCCAUAGUUUCUGUUUGGCGUGUCUGGAAGACUGGGUUAAGACAAAGGGUAAGCUGACAUGUCCAACCUGCUCAAAAUCAUAUGCCAUUCCACAAGGUGGACUUCAGAAUCUUCCACCUAAUACAUUUCAGAAUAAAUUAUUGCAAACUAAUGAACAAAUUUCCAAAAGAGAUGAGAUGAAAUGUGUUUGUGCUAAAGGGCGGGAAAAAUACUACUGCCAGGAAUGUAGACAUUACUUGUGCUCUACUUGUAGUGACUAUCACAAAAUAUUGCCUGUAACAGCAAAUCACAAGCUGCAUACAGUGGAGGAUGUACGAUCAAUGGCUCCACAAGACUUUGCUGCAUUACAUCAACCGCUGUGUUCACUUCACAACAAACCUUUGGAGUUCUACUGCACAGAAUUUAAAACUCCAAUUUGUAUAAAUUGUGCAGUUUUAGAUCACACGGCAUGGGGAGGCAAACACAAACCAAUCAGUAUCUCACAAGCAUUCCAAACAUUUAAAGAAACAGCUAAAAAAUUAGAGAAAGCUGCUUUUCAUUGUGAAAACCAAUUAAAAGAUGGACUUAAAGCUUCCAUUCACUAUGCUACAAAAUUAGAACAAAGUAAAGAUACAAGUUUGAGAGAUAUUGACAAUCAUGUACAAGUAAUGGUCAAGGAAAUCAAGGAGAAUGGAGAUAAAAUGAAAAAUGAGGUAGAGGCAAUCUACAUAGAGAAAAAAAAAGUAAAUGAUGUACACAUUAGUGAAUUGAGAGCAACGAUAACUGAUUUUAAUAUAAAAGUUAGUUUUCUCAAUCAGUUAUUGAAGAAUAAUAAUGAAGUAACAGUGCUACAAUCAAGUGAAACAAUAACUACAGCAUUGAAUGACAGAAUCAAAGAACUGCCAAAAACACAGCCAUGUUAUAAAAGACAAAUUAAAUUUGUAAUAAACAUCAAAUAGCUUCAU